CAAACCGUGUCGGGAGCUGCUGGCCUUCGGUCGAGAUAAUGGAGCCCUUUCAUUGACUUUCAGGUGUGGGAGUGGGAAGUAGGAAGUGUGGGGAGAAAGUACAGCGGGAAUGUGAAGAGAUAGGUACACGGAGAAUCCAACAUGUCAGGUGAUGUCCGGUACUGCGAGAGGCUAUCGUACCUGUUUUUAAAGUUUACACUCAUCGUCUACUGCAGUGUGUUCUGGCUGAUAGGGGGCUUCAUCCUGUUCAUUGGUAUCUAUGCAGAAGUGGAGAGGCAGAGAUACAAAACCCUGGAGGGCACCUUCCUAGCGCCGGCCAUCAUCCUCAUCGUGCUGGGAGUGAUCAUGUUCAUCGUCUCCUUUAUUGGGGCACUAGCGUCCCUGCGUGACAACCUGAGCCUUUUGAGGGUGUUUCAGUAUGCUCUGACGAUCUGCCUGAUCCUAGAGCUUCUCGGUGGGAUACUGGCUCUACUUUUCAGAAACAAGACCGUUGACUUAAUGAAUAAAAACAUCCGAAAAGGGAUGGUGAACUACUACGAUGACCUGGACUUCAAGAACAUCAUGGAUUUUGUCCAGAGAAAGUUCAAGUGUUGUGGUGGGCAAGAUUACAAAGAUUGGGAGGUGAACAUGUAUCACAACUGCACAGCACCUGGACCGCUGGCCUGUGGAGUCCCCUACACCUGCUGCAUCAACACCACGCCAAAGCAAGUUGCCAACACACUCUGUGGAUACAAAGUCCUUAAAGAAGAGCGCCUUGAUUUGCUGACUACUAUCCAUGUACGGGGGUGCACAGACGCAGUCUUUCUCUGGUUUCUGGACAACUACACAAUUAUGGCGGGACUUCUACUUGGUAUUCUGCUACCCCAGUUUUUUGGUGUGGUCAUUUGCUGGUUGUACAUCACCCGCGUUGAGGACACCAUCACCGAGUGUGGGAACACAAGAGACGCGCUGCUGGCAGAUGAGGGCAGGAACGUGAUGUCCCAGAGUAGGAUGGCACGCUGCUGCAGGUGUCUGCCUGACAUUGAUUGACAGGCAGAGGAGAACUCAGCCGAUAGCUGAGGGAGGUAGAGCACACAGGUGCACCGCAGUUUCAUUGACUGUGGUGUGUGCGGUGUGGGGGUGGUUACUUAGUCUGUUCUCAUCAUUUAUAUAUCAAGCUUCUAACUAUUCAUUUGAAGACUAUUUGUGUAUGUGUCCACCAGCUGGUGUCAUUUUCUCAAUUUAAAAAAAAUAUAUUUAAAAGGCAUCUUUUGCAGUUUUAUUCAGUUUGCCAACAGAUUAAAUGAGUUUGCUCAAUGCAAGCUGAUGAAAUCGCCUAUUCAGACUGAAUUAGUUGGCUAUUUAAACGCCAUUCCAGUAAUUCUAGUUAAUGGUACAUAUUUACUGAGAGAAAAGUAUGUUCCCAGAUCACCAAGUUGUUCCAGACAUCUACAAUUAGAGCAGUAGAGGAUACAUUUAUAGCCAUCAAGAAUUCCCAUGGUUUUGGAGAUGCUUUCUUCCUGUUUCACAUAAAGGGCCCUGAAACCUACUGUGUCGUAGAGAUGUUUUCUGUUGUAUUCGUGUAACCACAGCAUGCUGGUCAAGGUUACAUUCAAAAUAAUUGGCUCCAAGUAAACUUCCUCCUAAGAGUGUAGUGAAGCAUGCAGGAGCAUCCCCCUGUAGUAAAGCCUGAGGACCUGGAACCCAGAGCAUGAAAGGCUGAAAAAUGGAUGCUCAGCAGAAUUACUUUGACAACCACUGGAAACUAAUAAAUGUGAGUGAGAAAUUAUUUAGGAAUCUGGUUUGCUAUUGUACACCUAUGUUUUUUAUCAACUAGUACCUCAUGUCUGUUUUCCAGAGAAAUAUUGCACUUAAGAUGUACCAAGUGAACUUUUAACCUUUUGUUAGAUUAUACAAUUUUCUUUUAGUGUAAUUUUUGUAGAAAAUUACUUGUUUAUUAAGUUGACAGUACAUAGCAAUGAUGCACUAAUUAAUUCAGGAGUUUAUAUGCCUUUGUAACUGCGGUCUUUAACAUGUACAGUUAUGUAACCAUUUAAAAAAAUAACUUUGCCUGUGUCUGGCUGUGUUUUCACACUCUGUCACUUGUGUGCAUUUCCUAAGUCUUUGUCUCAGGUUAAAUCGCUCCUGAGCCUCUCAGUCACUUCAUCCUUCUGGGUGACCGUGUAUAAUUGACGCCAGAGAACUGAUUUGACUCCUCUCUGUAGCUGCUGUGUUUGAAACCCGUGUUCAGGUAUCCUUAUACAUACUGUAUGUAAAACGUCCCUAAUUAAGAUCUCCAAUAAGAUAAUUACCACAUGAAAACAAAAGAAUGAGACAUCGUGAUUUUCAACUGUUUUUGAGGUGAAUUAAACAUUUAAAUUGACAAUGCAACUGCUAAUUUUUAAAUACUAAACAAAUUACAACAUUCUGGUGGCCUUGUUUGUUUUUGCUUUUCAUUUCUUGAAAAUGUAUUUAAUCUGGGGUUUCAUUAAUUGCAAGUGGCAUGAAAUUGUUUAGGGUUUUUCUUUUUUGUUGGCAUUUUAUAAAUGGUUGUUUUGACAUUUUAAUGUAUUGCAUUAUGAACACAAACGUCUGAUAAAUAAGUAAUGUUUAUAGUCAUCUUUGAAGUGCCUUGUGAAAUACCCCUGCAGUGGGGUUUCUAAUCUUGUUACUUUCCUGCAGCUUGUGCUGUGUGUGGUCUGAGUGUCUUGCUGUGACAUUGUUAAUAUUUUACUACAGCACAGCCUGUCCUGACCAACACAAAUGACAUCAUGUAAGAGUGAAAACUCAAAACUGCAUUUCGGCCUUGUUAUAAAUUCCUUUCUUAAAAGGUUUGUGUAAAACAUCAUAACUUAUUUUCUUGCAGUUCUUAAAAUACCCAUUCCAGGUGCUGUGUCAUUUGUUACUCCUGGUAUUAUGUUAUAUCAAAAGUAACUUCUGGAAAGACACUGCUGCUGAACAAGCUUUCACAGUGACAAAGACAAUUGAGUGUAACAGUACAGUGAGGAGCUCCCCGCUUAGCUGACUGUGAAGUCAAGUGAAUUUUAAGACCCAUCCAAUCCUCUUGAUUGAUAAACCAAAUAGUCAAAUAGAGUAGAUCAGUUUAAACUUAAUCUAAGUGAGACAUGUUUUUCUUUAUAUUGAACAUUAGGCAUAAGGUAAAAUGAGUGAAUACAGACAAACCAUUUCCUUGAUGUUGUUAAAUGUUCUUCUGUUGUUGUAGCUGUUUUUCUCCCCUACUCACUUCUGUACUGUUACACUGCUGUCGGCUCUAAAGCUGAAAGUUUCAAUAAGAUUGCGCCUCUUUGUUUUACUGAUGUAAGCUUAGAUAAAUAUGAAUGCCAUUUGUAAUUUGGUCAAUCUUUUAUCAUUUGACAUUUCUUGUAUUGUUUUGUAUAAACUUACAAUAAACUGUUUAAAAUUGAAGUACA